UGAAUACAGUACAUUAAAAGAAUUGUUUAACUAUCACGUCUUUGCAGGCUGUUCUUAAAAACAUUGUGUUUUGACUUUUUAUCCUUAGGCUCACAAAUGAAAAAGAAUGUUCAUCUCAAGCUUCUCAACAAAACCAUGGAGCCAUCUUCUACCUCAUCCUUUCCAAAGACAUAUGAUGUCUUCAUAAGUUCCCGAGGUGGCAGUAGCGGUGGCGACGACAGUAAAUUCGCUUCUGAAUUGGCGAAAGAGUUGUCGAAUAUUGGGCUAAGGACUUAUGAGGGGUUCAAACUUGGAGGUGAUAGUCAGAUUAUGCAGGAAGAGGCAAUAAAAAAUUCAAGGCAUUUCAUUGUUGUUCUAACAAAAGAUUAUGUUACUUCGAUUAGGUGUUUGAGAGAGUUGAGCAGAAUAAUGGAAAGCAGGGGAGAAGAUUAUGAAGAAGUAAUCACAGUGUUUUACAAAGAUCAUCCAUCUUGUUUGGUAAAGGAAUUGGAAGAUUUUGGGAAGAGAUUGGAAGAUCACAAAAAAGAAGUCAAGCAGAAGCUUUUAAUGGAGCUUCCAAGAUGUACUCUGCUUUGGAAAGAUUCAGCGAAUUUGCCAAAAACAAUAUUUGUAGAAGAAAAAAGAUAUCAUCAACAAGUCAAUGAAAUCAUCAACAAAGUCAAAGAAUCUUCCACCAUAGUUGGAAUCUCACCUCAAUUGCAUCAAGUGGAUGACCUCCUUGAUUUAGACUCAAAUGACGUACGUUUUAUUGGAAUAGUUGGAAUGGGUGGUAUUGUCUCAGUGCAAAAGAAACUACUUUUGAGACUCGGUGGGAAACUUGACAAAGUAAUUAAAAAUGAGGAUCAUGGAGCAAAGUUGAUUAAGAAGUGUUUGAGGAACAAAAAGUUUUUGAUUGUUCUUGAUGGGGUUGAUGAAAGAAGACAAAUAAAAAAGUUAGCUAGAAGUCCUGAUUGGUUUAAUCCAGGGAGUCGAAUCAUCGUUACGACUCGAAAUAGAAAUCUUUGUUACAACGUUGAAUUUCUCGAUCACGACGCAUUUGGAGAAGAUCAUGAGCCACCGGAUGAGAAUUUUAGGGAUCUUGCUGAGGAGAUGACAAGUUAUAAUGGAUUAGAUGAUGAUAGCCAACAAAUUUUUCUAGAUUUGGCUUGUUUCUUCAAUAAUGGGAUGAGUGUGGAUAGAGUGAUUGAAAUACUUGAGAGUUUUGGAUAUAAAUCAUCCCACAAGAAAUUACACUUGUUGGCUGAAAGAAAUCUAAUUCAGAUUUCAUAUGACAUGGUACAAAUGCAUACCUUGGUUCGUUGUAUGGGUCGAGGAAAUGUUCGACGUAAGAGGGAAACUCAAACUAGGAUUUGGCUCAGAAAAGAUCUUCGUCGUGUAUAUCACGAAGAAAGUGGAUUAAAACACGUUCAUGGAAUAGUAGUUGUGGACAUGGAGGAUGAAGAAUUAGAAUUGGAGGCCAAGCCAUUUGCAUAUAUGACGGAAUUGAAGUUAUUAGAAAUGAACAAUGUGAAGGUUGAUGGAAAUAUUGAACUUCAACUGUCAAAUAAAUUGCGAUUUCUCAAUUGGAAUGGCUAUCCUUUCAAGCAUUUGCCCUCAAAUUUUGAACCACAAUCUCUACUUGAAUUGCAUUUGCGCAAUAGUAAUCUUAUGCGACUUUGGGAGGGAAAGAAGGAAUUUAUUUGGUUGAAAGAGAUUGAUGUGAGUGGAUCAGAGAAUUUGGAUGAGACUCCUGAUUUUUCAAAUGUUCCAAAUCUCCAAAGAUUGAUAUUAAGGAAUUGUGGAAGAUUGUGUGUGGUUCAUCCUUCCAUCACUACUCUCAAUCAUCUUGUUUUAGUUGAUAUGGCAAACUGUCUCAAUCUCAAAAUCUUUCCAUCUAAACUAAUCACUUGCAAAAGACUCCAAACUUUGAUUCUUUCCAAUUCAGGCCUUGAGUGUUUUCCAGAGAUUGAAAAACCUACCAAAUCUUUAACUGAACUUCACCUUGAUGGUACUCUUAUACAAGACCUUCCUUUGUCAUUUGGACUUCUAACCCACUUGACAUUAUUGAACCUAAGGGAUUGUACUCAGCUUUGCAGUCUUCCAAGAUCGAUUCGUAAAUUGAUAUCGCUUCAAACUCUCAAUUUGAAUGGUUGCAAAAAACUUCACCAAAUUCCUUUCACUUUGGGGGCAAUACAAUCUCUUACCAUGCUUGACAUUGGGGGAACAUCUGUAGACCAAGCACCAUAUGCUAUCACUUCUUUAAUGAAUCUUGAAACUUUAAAUUGCGAAAGGCUAUCAUCAAGAAAUAUUUGGCACUCUUUUAGUGCUUUGUGUGGAAAUGAUGUUCUGCCUCUCAAAGAUCUGAAUCUAAGUGAUUGCAAUCUUGAGGAUGAAGAUAUUCCUGAUGAUAUCAAAUGUUUGUCCUUAUUGGAAAUUCUUGAUCUCAGCAAGAAUUCUUUUGUAAAGCUCAAAGAAAGUCUGACUCAGCUUGUUAACCUCAAGGCAUUGUACUUGAAUGAUUGCAUUAACAUUCAACCACAACUGUUACCAAAGCUUCCUACCACUUUACAAUAUGUGGGAGGACAAAACUCCCAGGACAAUAUCUCACAGAAUGUUGAAGUUGUUAUGGAAGCAAAUCAGCAUCUCAACCAUCAAGUCCUCCAAAGGUGGUCACCAAAAUUGAAAAAGUUUAUGAGAUUGAAGAAGAAGAGAAUAGGUGAUGCACAUUUACUUUUUUCAUCACUUCUAUGA